CUCUGCUCUCCACAUCUACAGGACCUGUCUUUGUGGGCAUGUCUUGCUGGCAUGGCGAUGGCAAACAGGGAGCUGACCACAGCAGAGAUGGCCUAUGCUGCCAUUGGAGAGUUACCCAGGGUUCAAUACAUCAACUUUAUAAAGGAGCAGCCAUCCAAGGAGUCGUCUUUAGCCCACAUGCUGCUGUUCAGUGGUCAGGUCCAGGAGGCUGAGGCCACUGUCUUACAAGCUGGUCUCAUCUACCAGGCCAUACGAAUCAACAUCGACCUUUUCAACUGGGAGAGGGCACUAGAGCUGGCAGUCAAACACAAGACCCACGUGGACACAGUGCUGGCCUUUAGAGGAAAGUUCCUACAGAAAUUUGGCAGGAAGGAGACCAAUAAAAGAUUUCUGCAGUACGCUGAGGGGGUCGAGGUGGACUGGGAGAAAAUUGACGCGAAGAUAGAGAUGGAGUUGUCUAAAGAGAGAGAGAAGGCUGCUAAUGCCUCUGUGAGGAGCAGCGUAGCCUCACGACGUUAGCGUUCGCGGGACCUCUGUCUAAUAUAUCCGCUUCACAGCGAUCGAUUCCCAUGUGUUUUUGACAUUUGGCGAAUAUUAAGUGGUUUGGCCCGGCCUCAGGGUAAUAAAAAAUGUCUGUACUUGAGGUAAAAUGUCUACCAUUAGUUACAAGUCCAUUAACUUCAAGUGAAAACAAAAGGGAACAUUUGGAGAUGUGAAGAUUAGCAGGCCAUGAGGAAUAUGACACUGACUGUUACACUACAAUCUUGUGGUGCAUGCUGUGUAAUGUAAAACAUUUGCACAUCAUUAUACGUGGCAUUCUGUUACUGUGGGUGGAUGAUUUGACUUGUGAUGAGACUAUCUAUAUUUCACAGCAACAACACCAGUACAGCCUUUCUGUCAUAUUGGCUUCUCUGUGGUUUCAGUGUGUCAGGUUUUAAGUUGAUUAUCUAUUUCUGUAAGUCAAAAUUAUCUUGAUAUGCUCAGACAUGCUGCUUUGUGUUUUGUCACUGAACUUUGACUCUGUGUUUUUAUAUGAAUAGAUAUUUUUACAGUUUAUAUAUUCAAAACUUUGCCUUCUGUGAACACUAAAAAGAAUGUCAGUUAAUAAAACUGAUGGAAAUAUUGUACAU